CCUUGAAUCAGAAUCUCUGUGAGAGAGAAGGAGAGAACCAAAAAAAGCUUGGUAAUUUUUAGUGUGCGACCAUAAAGUCACCACAUCUUGACCUGGUCCAUGAUGGAUCCCAAGAACCCAAAUCAACCACAAGUACCGAAUUUCCCAAACCCUUCACCACAGAAUCAGGACAACGAGAAGACGGCGAAAGAAACCGACUUUAAGGGUUUCAAUACUGUGGAAGGGAAAAGAAAGUGGAAGAAGAACCAUAAGGAGAACGAAGAACAAUCGGUUCAGAAGAAACCGAGCAAAGAUCGACACCUCAAAGUCGAAGGACGAGGCCGAAGAGUUAGGUUGCCUCCACUUUGUGCGGCGAGGAUUUUUCAAUUGACCAGAGAAUUAGGUCACAAAUCCGACGGCGAGACUCUCCAGUGGUUGCUUCACCAUGCCGAGCCGUCGAUAAUCUCCGCCACCGGAAGUGGAAUCAAACCCACCACCGACUCUGUUUCUCAACCUCCUCUCACCGCCGAUUUGAGCCUGAAAGGAGCUCCAAGGUCUCAAAUUGCAAAUGGGUUUUGGCCAAAUGAAACCGGGUUUGAUGGUGGAGCUAAUGCUUCAACUGCAGGAGGGUUUGAUUUGAAUUAUGGAAUUGGGUUUCUUGGGUUUGAUUUCAAUGGUUCUUCAGGGAUGGGUUAUGAGAAUAAUCAAAUGUCUCAAGAUGGGACUGUUGGGGUUUUGAAUCCACAGAUUUAUCCGCAAUUUGCUCUACAACAAGCUAAGGCUCAUCAUCACAAUCUUCAACAUGAAGCUCAGCAAGAGAAAAAUGGUUCUUAAAGGUCAAGCCUUUAAUGGCUUUUUUUACUUAGAUUGUCCAUAUAUAUGUAUAUCUAGUAGGAAUCUUGAUAUAUGCUUUUGCUGAAUUCUCAAGCUUGAUAUAGCUUUUAGGGAAUGCAUUUUAUGGCACAGUGUGCUUAUUAAUAGCUAAGUUUACUUAACCUUUCUUUAAAUUAUAUGGCUUUGAUGUACUAAUUACGCUGUAAACUUAGUAAGUAGGAUUUGCUAUUUGAACUGCACUGGAUUGAGGCUUCUAUGCAUUAUCAAGCACUUUGUUGAUUGAAUUUGUUUGCACAGAAA